AUGACUUUGGUAGCGUAUGCGGAAAAAGCUGAAGACAUUGCCGAAGCUCUCAGCAAAUUCAAGACCCAUGUACCGGAUCACGCAGCAGACAUCACCGCUUCGAUAGCAGAGCUUUAUGCCAUCGGAUCCCAUCUGCGCGCCAUUGACAGUGCGCGUAACUCUGCCGAGUUCCAUGGAAACUUUCCACUGAUUGAGAAGGAUCUGAGACUUGUCUGUUCGAGCCUCGAUAACACCGUGGAGGACGUUUUCGAUAUACUGGGGUACCUGGGCAAUGGAUCACCUGUGCCCAAUGCCGGAAUGUACCGGCAGAACUGGAAGGACAUCUAUUAUUUCUUCAUGCAGAACGGACGGGUCGCCUUGACGAUGCGCCUUGAGAUAUACAGACGUUUUAUAGCGGAGCUAGCCAGUAUUAUGAAGAGGUUCGUGCCCACCACCAAAGCCAUCUCGUUAUUUGUGCUCAUCAUUCGAAGAACCCAAGGGCUCCUACUCUUAGGAGAUCUUCGAGAUGAGAUUCAAGCACUGCUCCCUGCACAACCCAGAUUGAUGGAAGGUGGGAAUCAGAUGUCACUCCACCCACGAUGUGCUGAGCAUUGGGCAAUGAAGGUCUUCCUUGAUACAUCGACGACCCCGUUCAAUAGGACAGGCAAUGGUUCGAGAUGUUAUGGUGAACAUACCCCAGAAGCCCGCGCACGCCUCGAAGUAGACUACCAAGAUAUCUUGGAGAUCACGUUUAGCGGCCAGAGCGAGCUCACCGUUCGACUGUACUGUCGUGAAGGUGAUCACCGCGCCCGAAUUCUUUGCAAAUGGCCUCGUGGCUCGGGAGGGAGCAAAUAUUCUUGCCUCCCGUUGAAUCUCCUUGAGUUCCACCGAUCGGAAUCAUCGUUACAAAUUUGCAUGAAGAGACAUGGAAGUUCGAGACUAGAUCUCUGGGCCAAUUUGAACUUCAGCACCAUCGAAAGGUUGGUUAUCUUUCACUGCACGCUACUUUCAUUGCGCGGCCAUGAUGCCUGUAAGCCGGUCACGAAUAUUCAAGAUUACGAGCUCGCAGGCGAGAAAGAAUAUUUUACAGGUAAAAUUAUUGAUGAUGAUUACCUUCAUGCCCUACGCAUCUAUCGAGAUCGCGAUACGAAAGCCGUCCGGUUGCACGCCUCUGUCCAUAGAGGGGAGAUGAAGAGGACGCCUGUCUGGACCGCCUUCAUUACUCACUAUCUUCUCUCUCGUACCUGGUUGCGUCGUGCUGGGCGUACAUUGGUCUACAUUCGAGAGCUGAGGCGUCAUGUAUUCUCAUCGGAGUAUAUGCCGCACAUGACGGGUAGAGGGGAACAUGUUUUGAAGUUCACUUCUGAGGGAGAUACGGAUGCCUUCAUGAGCACCAUCUAUGAUCUUGGAGAGCCACCGCCACCCCAUGCCAGAGUGCAGCCACCGCCACAGCCGUAG